CGGACUUCGUAUCGGGUUAACAAACCACCAACCAGCCGCUUAGAUGAGAAGAGCGCAAUCAUUCCGCUGGAGAGACGCAACUUUGGUGCCAGCUUUCACGCACACAUGACAAAGUAGCAUAUACGUUCUUAGGUUUCCUUUUUUCAUUUUUUUUUGUGUGUGAGAGGAUCAGGCUUGGAGAGAGACAGAAGAAGAGAGAGAGUGUGAGCUAAUUGGGAUGAGAGUUCAAGUCAAGUGAGCCGGCAGAUUGGACCUUUAAAGCCUCUUAACUAACGCAGGUGGAGGGAGGAAACCAGCGCGGGGGCAGUGUGUUUAUGUGCCGUGUGUGGGUGUUUGUGUGCAUGUGUCAUUCCCAGUGGGAACCCACCCUGGACACAGCGACAAGGGGCUGAUCAGGUGUGUGUUUGGGUCGUGGGGUGGUGGUGGAUAAAUCGAGCGGAGACAGAGAGGUAGUUAUGGUUUCUGUGACCUGGACGCGAUGAAGUGGCUCUGCGGGAGUUUCAGGGUUUAAGACCGGAGAGGAGGAGAGCUGGGCGGACGGACGGACGCAGGGAGGGAGAAGGAGGAGGGGGACACCACCACCGCCAGUGCGCACAACACGGUCCCCGAGCCCCUGACGCAGGGAUGGAGAGCACAAGAGCGCACCGGAUAACUCGGCUGGAUCCAAGAAACGGGAGCGGAAAGAUCACCAGGAAGCCCGGCAUGAGCAGGGAGCCACGCCGCGGACACCUCCACCUGCAGCGGACUGUGAUUUUUCUCGUCGCGCUCACGAUACAACCGCAGGCCGUGUGUGCAGUCGGGAUGUUCGAGCUUCAGAUCCAUCACUUCCAGAACCCUCUCGGACUCCUGCAGACCGGAGACUGCUGCGACCUCCAGGCCAGCGGGGGGCAGCGCUGCUCCGCCAGGGACCAAUGUGACACUUUUUUUCAAGCCUGCCUCAAGGAGUACCAGGCCCGGGUCGUCCCAACCGGAACCUGCACCUUCGGGUCGGGCAGCACCGGGAUCCUGGGAGGAAACUCUCAGUCCCUCCGCCACCGAGGACACGACAGAGGAGGAGCAGGAGGAGGAGGAGGAGGAGGAGGAGGAGGAGGAGAGGAUGGGAGUAAUGGACACAUUGUCAUUCCUUUCGUAUACGCAUGGCCGAAGUCCUUCUCUCUGGUCUUGGAGGCUCUGGACUACGACAAUGACACAUCAGAAUCAGGUCAGCUGAUUGAGCGAGUCCUCCUCUCCUCCAUGUUGAACCCCAGUGAGAAGUGGCAGACGUACCGACACCACGGACGGCCUCUCACCCUGGACUACCGGCUUCGCUUCCGCUGUGAUUCAAACUACUACGGACCGUUCUGCAACAAGUUCUGCAGGGCCCGCGACGACUUCUUCGGCCACUUCAACUGUGACCCCAGCGGCUCCAAGGUCUGCAUGGAGGGCUGGACGGGGCCCGAGUGCAAAGAAGCGGUGUGUAAGCAGGGAUGUCAUCAGACCCACGGCUCCUGUACUGUACCUGGGGAAUGCAAGUGUCAUUACGGCUGGAAGGGUCCUCUGUGUGACCAGUGUGUGACGUUCCCUGGAUGUGUGUAUGGAAGCUGCACUGAGCCCUGGCAGUGUGUGUGUGACGUUGCAUGGGGGGGACUGCUGUGUGACAAAGAUCUGAACUACUGUGGCACCCACCAGCCCUGUAAGAACAGUGGGACCUGCACAAACACGGAGCCGAACGAGUACCACUGUGAGUGCCAGGAAGGUUUCAGAGGACGUAACUGUGACAUCGUGGAGCAUGCAUGUCUGUCGUCCCCGUGUAUGAACGGAGCCACUUGUGUGGAAAACCUGACGGGCUUCAGCUGCACCUGCACCGACGGCUGGACCGGACUCACCUGUGCUGAUGCGGUGAGGCAGUGUGAUCGGAGCCCCUGCGGCCGUGGAGCCACAUGUCAGGAGGCUCCUGGAGGUUACCGGUGCCUCUGCCCGCCUGGAUGGACCGGCAGGACCUGCCAGCUGGACACCAACGAGUGUGAAAUGAGUAUCUGCGUCCACGCCCGCUCUUGUCGCAACCUGAUCGGCGGAUACCUGUGUGACUGCCUCCCCGGAUGGACGGGGCUGAACUGUGACAUCAGAAACAGCAGCUGUCAGGAUUUGUGUUUGAACGGCGGACGUUGUGAGGACCAGAUGUCAGGGUCCAGAUGCUUCUGUCCACCUGGUUUCUUGGGGAAAUAUUGCCAAAAUGUUGAGAGAGCCUGUGACAGCGCCCCCUGCCAGCAUGGAGGUCAGUGUGUGGAGAAGGAAGGGAGGACCUUCACCUGCAGCUGUCCAGCAGGAUACUCGGGAAUCUUCUGUGAGAUAGCGUUGGAUCUUUGCAACCCCAACCCGUGCCAGCAGGGGGUCGCCUGUCACAGCGCCGAGGGCAGAUACAUGUGUGCAUGUCCCGAGGGUUACUAUGGUAACGAGUGCAUGAGCCUCAAAAAUCCCUGCAUUGGUCCACACUGUCCAGGCGCCAUGUCUGACACGACACACGGCGGCAUCAGCUUCUACAUCAUCCUGGUGGGCGUCGUUGCCUUGGUGACGGUCUGCGGCUGUGCCACCUGCGCCUUCAUCCUGUCUCACCUCCAUCGGAAGCGGAAAAAGCAGCAGGCCGUCCCACAGGAAGAAGGCAUCAACAACCAGAGGGAGUUUGUCAACCUGAUCAGAAACGUGGAGCGUCCCGUGCCGCUCCUGCCCCCCGCCACGCCGCUCGCCAACCCUCCAGCCCCUCCCGCUCCCGUCUCACGCUGCUACGAGGAGAUCGAGCUGACCCUGCCGCCCUCGCCUGCACCGUCACACCCGUCUCCGGCGCUGAAGCCAGCCCACGCCCCCAAACUGGACAUCUCAAACCGGGAGAGGGAGAAGUUGAACCGCUUCCACUACACAGACAGCCAGGAGCUGGAGGCCUGACCGCUGAGCUUCUGGACCUCUGAGGAGCUUUUUUUAGUUUAUUUCAUUCUGCGUUCUUCGCACUCUCGCGCUCGCAGGGACCUGGUUCCAGUUUCCUGCACUGUGUCACUGUUGCAGUCAUGAAAAUGGGGCGACCUUAAGACUUUUAUGUGCUCAGAACACCUGAGGAGUGAAGGCUGCUAACCGCUAGGGUCAAAGUCCUGCUCUGUCCUCGUCUUUGACCUUAUUCACUAUGAGAAGCAGCCGCAUGUUUGACUGAAAGACUCAUCAGACUCUUGAUUUAAUCUGGAGAUUUAGAGAUUCGCCUUGGAGUGCCUGAGAUACCGUCACGAGGAAAACAGAGGAUCAUCCUCUCUCCUGGUCCCAAAAGCCAUCUGAUUGGUGUUCAGACCUCCAUUUCUGUUUCAGACUGAACUCUGACAGAGAGAGAGAUCAAUGAAUGGAUGCUUAUUUAACACUCGGUGUGUGUUUCUAUGUAAGUGUGUGUGAGAGUGGAAGGGAGAAUGUAUAUUAUGAGUGUAUGUGGGGGGGGGGAAAGACAGUUAACUUUAAAAAAAAAAAAGAAAGAAAACAAAGAGGGUGCAUACUCCUGCUCCAAAGGCUUUUAAGCCUUUUGAAAACUGUUUUAAAACUAUACACUGUUGCCUGCAUUGUCUCUGUAACACUACAGUUUGUCAAAGAUGUAUGAUUUUUUUCAUACCUGCGUGUAAAAUAGCUUUUUUGUACAUGAAUAUAUUGUACAUAUUGAUGCCCUUUUUGUACUGUGGUUUGGUCUGAAAGUAUCACUGUAUUACUUUGCUCUGUUUGUCCCAUUUCGCUUUCCAUUUGGAGCAACCAGCACAUGUGGAUUGUAAUAAAAGUGCAUUUACCAACUCUA